AUGAAGUCCCAAAGGCCAAGCGGAUGGCGAUUCAUCGCCUACGGCGGCUGCUUCGCUGUUUUAAUUUGCAUCUUCGCUUCAACCAACGAGUUCCGUUUCGACAGCCUCUCCGAGUUUUGUAGAAUACCCUUCCCGCUGUGUAGCGCAACGCAGUCAAUUUCUUUUGAUCACAUGGAGAAUUCCUCGCCCAACGACAUCCGAAUCUUCAUCGGAGUCUUGACAAUUCCCAGUAGACACUGGCGCCGCCAGCUCCUCCGCCUCCUAUACAGCACACAAUCUCCAGCGGGCGCAAAAAUCGAUGUGAAGUUUGUGUUUUGCAACCUACGGGAAGACAACACGAGCCUACCAGAGGACGAAAAACUCAAGAUUGACCUAGAAAUGAUGCGCUACGACGAUAUCAUAAUUCUCAACUGCACAGAGAGCAGGAAGACCGCCCCUAAGUCUUAUGCGUACUUUACAAGCUUGCCGGAUAUGCUAAAUCGCUCUGAUGGUUCAGAGCCGCCGUACCAUUACGUAGGAAAAUUGAGCGAUGUCAGCUAUUUUAGGUUCCAACACCUGGUGGAUUCAUUGGCAAACCAGCCCAGAGAAGACUUAUACUACGGUUCUGUCAUUCCAUGCGAAGAAAUGGAGCCUCAUAAGAAAAACAGUUUCAUGUCCGGGGCGGGUUAUUUCAUCUCUUGGGAUAUAGUGGAAUGGAUUAAGAGUUCUGAUAUCCCGAAAAAGUUGCCAAUGCGUGGGGUGGAAGACAAGGCUAUGGGCCGAUUGCUCGAAGACGGCCAUCGGGGGAAAAACCGGUAUAAUGCUAAGGGGGCAAUCUACAAUUAUCCGGGGCUGGAGCCAACCAAGUGUGAGCGUGAGCUGGUGCCAGAUACGAUCGCAGUUUGCAAUCUGAAUAUUUGCAUUCUAUACUUGAAGUAUGGUAACAAUUUAAAACAUUAUGAACUUUUUUUUGUUAAUGCUUUAUUUGUUCUGUUGAAUUUUGAUGGUAUGAUACUAGUUGGGCAGAGGGGCCACAACCACUUUGCAAAGCUUCAAAGCCUGGAAUUUAGCCCAAACCCAGAACCUAACCAAUCUCCGUCGUGGGCGCUCGUUUGGAAUUCAGGGCUAUGA